AUGUGGCUAAUCUUUCUCAAACAAUGGAAUGGUAUAUCUGUGUUCUAUAAUGAAAUCGAGGUCAGUUCAGACGCUCUGCAACUCUACACAGACGCUUCAGGAACCCUUGGGCAUGGAGGUUUUUUCCAAGGACAAUGGUUUUCAGAAGCCUGGCCUCCUCCUUUACAACGUACAUGUAAAGACAGUGACGAACUCUCCAUUGCAUUCCGCGAAUUGUAUCCAAUCGUCGUGGCCGCUUUGCUAUGGGGUCAAUCAUGGAAAAAGCAACGCAUCGUAUUCUCUUGUGAUAACCAAACUACAGUGGCUAUAAUCAAUAAGGGUCGCUCCAAAUGCCCAAAGAUCAUGGCACUAGUUCGCCGCCUUACUUUAUGUGCAGCUACUAAUAACUUUGUAUUUAAAAGCAAAUAUCUUGAAGGUAAACGAAAUGUUAUUGCUGAUAGUCUGUCUCGUUUACAGAUCACAAGGUUUCAACAGCUGGCUCCAGAUGCCGACAAAACGCCUUGCAAAGUCCCGGAAUACCAGGAGGUCCUCAAAGACUUGACAUUAUCGUAG